AAAGGCCCAGGAGCAUGGGCUUGGCAUAGAAUCCGAGAGACCUAGAAAACGGCGCCGUUCAAUAUGUCCGCCUAAUCUUUGACGAAAGAUGAUCGUCUCACUUCUCACCCAUCAUCAAGUUAGGGUUUCGGAAACCCUAAUUUCUGCAAACUCUCGAUUGCCAUGUCCGUGACGUCGACAUCGACUUCGUCAGUUUCUGUAACUUCUCCGCCGGUGAGGUGCGACGAAUGCGGUGCUAAAAAUCCAUGGAUUAGACACACCGUACGCCUCCGGAGCGCAAUGCGUGUGCUCUGCACGCACUGCGUCCUCCGCAACCACCCAACGUCGUUUUGCCCCUCCUGCUUCGCCUUCUACGACUCGUCUCCGCCGCAUCCCUCUCGCAGGGUUUCCUGUUCCAAUUGCUUCUCUUUGACCCACUCCCAAUGCGCGGCCGACGCGAAACCGCCAUCGUAUCUGUGUCCGCCGUGUCGGAGUCCCGCCUCGUUCUCGUUCUUUGACCUCUCUGUUCGCAGCGACGGAGUCCCAUUCAUCGACAAACAGCUCGCCGACAUCCUUCUCUGCGCCGCCAAGAUCGCCGCCGCGUCCAUGACUAAGGCCGUCUACGCCUUGAGAUGCGACGCCGACCGGAGGGCUCGUGAGGCGGCGUUGGCGAGGAAGAGAGCGCGUGAGGCUCUCGAACACGUCGUCAUGCUUGCCGGAAAAGAGAGAGCCAGGGCCGUUGUUCCACGGCUCAAGGAAGCCUCCGUCGAGCUCUCUGGCUCCGCCGCGAACCGGUCGGUACAUGCCGAUGUGAUACCGAAACCGAGUCCGGUUGCGGCGGCGAAGAACGCGAACGGGACUGUGAGAGAAGGGGAGAGCUCUGCGAAUGCUAUGAAUCCGGGUCAGAUCAAGAGCAAUGGAGAUACAACGAAGGAGAGUCCGCAGAAUGGUAAUGUCAAACCGGAGGCAGAUGCAUCAAAGUGAAAAGGGUUUGAUCUCAAAACAGGUACAAGGUUCUUGUUCUUGUGGGAAUUUGUCUGAUGGAAAGGCCGUGGCUUUUUUGUGGAACAUGUGUCUGAGGACAUAAGGGUUGUCCUUGUCGUCCAUGAUGAUGAUGGUACUGAAGAAGAUUCAUGGACUAGGCAAGAUUCUGAUUCAAAGUGGUGAUCUUUGUCUUGUUCUUGGUCGUUGACUGUGUUUGGAAUCGGUGGAGUUGUGUGGCCUGGCGUUUUCUUUAUAUAUAUAUAUAUAUAUAUGAUUCUGAUGAUUCCGGAAAUCUGAAUCCAAAGUGUUGUGAUGUGUAUACAUACGAUCAUAAAUUCACCUGACGUCUUGAA